AUGGAGGAAUCCCACGAUCACCCACUCUCCUUCGAUGAGAUUCUGGCCCUUCAGCACGCUGAGGGCCUUACUGACUACGCUGCCUGGAGACGAGCCAUAAUCCAGUACAACCAGCAGCGUGGUGAGCACGAAGCUACCACCCCCACUGCUGCCACAACCAGCCCUGAGAUCCCCCUCGGCCAGAGCGUCUUGACCUCAAAGACCGCUAUUCCACCCGGUGCCCCCAAUGUCCACCUGAACCAGCUUCCCGUUAACGCGGCUGGUGAAAACCAUAUACUCGCGGCAUGCAAGCCCGACGACGCCCACGCCAAGGAACGGGUCAGGGAGAACACCGAGCGCCUUGUAGACUCUGGUAUAGCUAACAAACUGUGCAACGACCGCACCUUGGAUGCCUCCCUCUUCGAGCGAACCGAAAUCUCGGACAUCCAUGAGACCACCGAAACCAAGCGAAAGCGUGUUCAUGAGGCCCAUGCGCUCUACUGGGACGCAAUGGCAGCAGCCGACAAGGUCAUUGGAAAGCAUUUCUAG